AAAAGGACGACCGGGAUUCCAUAUUCCAUUGGGAAUGGUGGGAUCAUGUGUGGUGGGAUAUGUCAAAUCAGUCAAACUCAAAAUAAAUGGUUGUCAUCCCUGAAGCGAUGAUCGCCCACAAAAAAACCCGAAACAUAUCCUAAAUCGUACCUACGCCUCUGCUUAUUACAGAAAACAGAUGCAACCAGAAUGUCGAAUUAUUUUUUCAACAGUAAGAAACAAACGGGUGUCAAUUAAAAAUUAUGGACGACUACAAGUUCUUGUUCAAAGUGGUGCUCGUAGGAAACGCUGGAGUCGGUAAAACUUGUCUGGUAAGGAGGUUCACGCAGGGCCUUCCCCCGGGCCAGGGCGCCACCAUUGGGGUGGAUUUCAUGAUCAAAACCGUCGAUGUUGACAACGAGAAGGUUAAGCUGCAAAUUUGGGACACCGCGGGACAGGAACGCUUCAGGUCCAUCACACAGAGCUACUACAGGUCGGCACAUGCCCUCAUUUUGGUUUAUGACAUUUCAUGCCAGCCCACGUUCGAUUGUUUGCCAGACUGGCUCCGGGAGAUCGAGGAGUACGCCAGCAGCAAGGUUUUGAGGGUUUUAGUGGGUAACAAAAUCGACAGAGAGGACAGGGAAAUACCCACUCACGUCGGUGAAGAAUUUGCAGAAAGGCACAACAUGUACUUUUUAGAAACGUCUGCUAAAGAGGCAGAGAACGUCGAGAAGCUUUUCAUGCAAAUUGCAGAGGAUUUGAUGAAACAGGCACGAAGCAGGGAUUUGCCGAGGUAUGAUGCCAGCGCGACGAGUAUAAAUGGGCGUACGUCGACCGUAAGCGAUUCAAAUUGUUGCAUUUGAGCCUACCUACAAAUUCUGCCCUUGGACAAUUUGGACCGCCUCCUUCGGUGACGACAGGCAAAAAUGAUCCGCCCAUGGGCUCAAAACAUUUGCGUGCGAUUGUACCAUACUACUACCUUAAACACGAGUGACGGCACCCAAGGGACCAGGUUUUUCAAAUACGUCCCAUCAAAAAGCUCCGUGUUGACUAUACCAGGGUGGACGGAGUGAGUCUGCACCAGGAACUUCUCCUUCCGACAAAUCCUCUCGACGUAAUUCGUGAAAAGUAUCUGUGCCAAUUUUGACUGGGCGUAAGCUUCCGCCGCAAUAUAGCGCUCCCGAUUAUUGAUAUCUUCAAAGUUAAUUUUUCCGGCUUGGUAAGCACAAGAAGACACGUUCACGAUUCGCGAGUUCGCCGAUUCGGUGCCCCCGGCACAGAUUUGUGGAAACAGGAGAUGUGUGAGGAGGAAAUGCCCUAAGUAGUUGGUGGAAAAUUGCGAUUCGAAACCAUCGCGGCUUUCAAUGUAGGGGCCAAACAUAAUCCCGGCUGAAGAGUCAAAAUUAGCGUGUACACACAAGUUAGAAAACAUUACCAUUGUUGAUUAAGUAAUUUAUUUUGGGGUGCUUCUCUGCGACGACUUUAGCGAAGCUCUUGACUGACUCAAUGUGACUUAUGUCUAGCUUGUACACACUUAUGUCCCCCGUGGCCACUCCCUUGUCCCUGCAGCGCUGCAGCACCUGAUCGCCGGCCUGGACGUUCCUGCAACCUAUUCCCGUUUUUACAAAUUAUAAAAUCGCGUGCUUCCACAAAUGUACCUAUAAUGACGUGCACGUCACACUGCAGCAACAUUUGCACCACCUCGGCCCCAAUACCUCUAGCUCCUCCCGUAAUUAGGGCCACUUUCCCGGUCAGAACCGGGAGAUCUGGAAAUGAAUUUACCGCGCUAGUGCGUCUUUCAAGGUCGUACAAGUGCUCACCUGUUUUGUUUUUGCUUUUCAUUACCAUGUCUUCCAAAACGGCUCUCGAACCCAGUGCAUUGUACACCAACUCGUACUUAGCCUCAGCCAAGAUCUGGUUUAGGGGCUUUUUGGACCUCCAUAUCGCUACUGCCGUAACGACGAUGAUGAUUCCGCAACCAAUUAGGAGAAACAUCGAUUAAAAACAUAAAAUUUGUCGGAACCCGGGCAAAGUACGUCUAUAAACUAAACGCGGAACUUUCUCGGGUGACUUUCUCUCGUUCGGAGUACACUGGCAGCCGGAGGUAGGUGGAAGUGGAAGUCGGUUGGUUAAAUAGAAAAAGAAAAAAGUCGGAGGGCUAAGUCCCGAAUUGGUUGUUCGUGUUAGGUUGCGAACUUUGAUCAGACUGACGCAGAGAAUGCUAAGACCGCUAUUUUUUGCUCUACCUACAGACCAUGGACAAUUAUUCGGAACACCCACUGAUGAAAUUCGGGCGGUAACUGAAGCAUCACCUGCACAAGUGCAAGGUUCAGGUGUAUAUCCUAGGUGUAUAUCUAUUAUCUCAAAUUACGCCAGCGUACUACGUAUUGAUAAUAUACUGUUUAAUUGUUUAGAAGAAAUAGGACGAAAGGUCACGUUUUACAAAUUGGCUAUCUAAUCGUGUUUCGUUUAUUAAAAAAGAAUGCCGUAAAAACAUGUAAUAACAAUAUAACAGUGUCAGUUUUGUGGUUAUCGUCUAUCAAUUAGGUUGACACUUGACGUCACGUUGACGUGUAGGUGAAAACUGCGCCCUCUGUUAUAACCAAAAAAACUUUUCUCUUCUUAAAAAUUGUAAACAUUACAAUAACCAUCACCCAUUUGUUUGUCUUUAUGUACGAAAUAAAACUGCCGGGGAACGGUUUUA